AUGCUAGACGGCUAUUGGCCAAAGAAUGUGAAGCUGCGACAGGCCGGCAGCGGGCUUCGCAGGCUUUGGGAUGUGGAGUUGGUGAUCAGGUAUGGCCACAUGUACCUGUGUCGUGGCUGGGAGCAGUUCUACCGUGCCUACGACCUACGACACGGGUACUUCCUUGUCUUCAGGUACGACGGCGACACCAUGCUCACCGUGAAGGUGUUCAACACGACUAUGUGCCGCAUGCGCUACCAGGACGAUGAUGAUGCUACCAAAGCAGCAGCGACUCUAGCUGCAACAAAAGUAGCAGCGAGGAUGAUCCAGAAUGGAGUGGGGAAGAAGAGGAGCAGAGUGGGGAUGAGGAGGUGCAGGCUGACGAUGGGCAACUGA